AUGGCGCCCAAGCUUGCCGUUCUCGCCGUGCUCGCGUCUUUGCUCGGUGCCGUGUCCUGCGAAUUGACAAUCUCAUUAUACGCCGGCUACGGCUUUCCAACCCCGAAUCCCAACCAGCCGUAUAAGCUCCCACAGGCUUCUCCUCCCAAGAACCCUAACCCUAACCUCAAGGUCGGCUACUAUGCCGACAAGAAAUGCCCCCAGGCUGAGGAGAUUGUGAAAAGGGCUGUGGAGAAAGCCACCGCAGGCGAAAAGGCCGGGCUCAUCCGCCUCUUCUUCCAUGAUUGCUUUGUCGAGGGCUGCGAUGCCUCCGUCCUGCUGGCCGGCUCAGAGACGGAGAGGACGGCCAUCCCGAACCUGAGCCUGCGUGGGUUCAACAUAAUCGACGCGGCAAAGGCUGCCCUCGAGGAGGAAUGCAAGGGCGUCGUCUCCUGCGCCGACAUCGUCGCCUUCGCCGGACGGGACGCCAGCUGCAGCCUAAGCGACGGCAAAAUCAACUACGACGUGCCGGCUGGCCGCCUUGACGGGAAAGUAUCACGCGCCAACGACACCUUCUUGAACCUGCCCCCACCCUUCGGCGGCCUCAAACUGAUCACAGACAUGUUCGCUGCAAAGGGGCUCGACCAAACCGACAUGCUCGUGCUUUCCGGUGCGCACUCCAUCGGCCGCUCUGCCUGCGGCUCCUUCGCCAACCCCUUCUCCAACCGUUUGCAGGCUGACAACUCCAGCACGGCGAUGAACCGCACGCUCGCCGACCAACUGAACACGACAUGCACUGCGGACAGCGUAAAUGUGCCGCAGGAUUACAAGACCCCCUACGCGUUGGACCACCAGUACUACAAGAACGUGCAGGAACACAAUGUGCUCUUCACCUCCGAUGCGGUACUGCUGGAGUCACCGGAGACCAAGGUCUUGGUGGAUUUAUUUGCCCGUGACCCUUUCUUUUUGUCGGAUAUUAUUCCAAUUGGCCGAAACCCCUGGUACGAUGCAUUCGCUAAAGCCAUGGUGAAGAUGGGAAACUGGGAGGUGAAGAACAGCACCGUGGGCGAGAUCAGGCAAUUCUGCGGGAAGGUCAAUGACAAGACCUAUUAG